CGGCUCAUCGAUGUCGUUGGAAAAGCGGCGAGAAGAGCACGUGCAGAUGAAGAUUAGAUAGUGGGCUCGUGGGGCUUCCUAUGACAUUUGGGCUUUCCAGGGCUGGCGAGAUGAAUUGACCAUCCUCACCAUGAGCGUCACCAUCGACGCUCUAUACAUUUUUGACGAUCACAACAACUGCGUGUUAGAGCAUGUCUACACCGGACGACCACCGACCGCGCAGGCACUCACAGCCAGCUUCACAACCCGACCCUCUCCUCGACCGUCAAUACUUCAGCUCUCCGAUCUUGCUCCACCAGUCACUGCGUAUUCCAUAUCUCACUCCAAUCUGCUGCUAGUUGCAGUUUCGAGCAGAGAUGCACAAUCACUUGCGUUCAUCGACUUCCUCCACCGACUGGUGGAUAUCUUCGAGGACUUCCUGGGGAGCCCCCUGAUAGCCAGUAAGAUUGAGGACAACUAUGAAAUUGUGGCACAACUGCUUGGUGAAAUGUGCGAUGGCGGAAUAGUGUGCAAUACUGAACCAAAUGCUUUGCGGGAAAACGUGGAAGUAUCGUCGGCUCUUGGGAAGUUGUUCACUCAUGUCGGGCUGCCAGGGUCCUCUCCGUCUCUUGGUCCUUCAAGCAAUUUCGCUUCUAGUCUACGUCCCGGUCCUGCACAAGCCAGUCGACCAGCGAUCCCCUGGCGCAGAGCUAAUGUUCGCCAUACUUCGAACGAGCUCUAUGUCGAUAUAAUUGAAACGUUGGCGGUCAUCUUCGCACCAUCAGGUCGGCCGAUAUCCGCUCGCGCCCACGGCUCUAUAGCAUUCACAGCAAAGAUCUCCGGAGUGCCGGAUCUGUUAUUGACACUUUCUGCUCCCGGAGGUACCAGUAGCGCAAAGUCUACAGGCAUCUGUCGCACCAUGCAGAUACCGGUCUUUCACCCCUGUGUACGUUUAGCCAGAUGGAAAGACCAUCCGGGAGAGCUAUCAUUCGUGCCCCCAGAUGGCCGUUUUAUGCUGGCAGGUUAUGAAACCGAUCUGUUGCCAUCUGAUCUUAAUACCGACCAGCCCCCAAGUAAGAAUGAUCGACUCUUCCUGCCAGCGGUCGUAGAUCUACGGCCCGGAACAGGAAACUCGGGUUCAGACUUCGAAGCUCGAUUGACCUUGAAUAACAACUUCCCUGGCGUGGCGUCGAAUACCAAACCUGGCGCUUCUCGAACCAGUUCAGGUCCCAUUGGCGGGUUGUCCUUCGGUGCAAGCAGCGGUAGUUCCAGUGCUCCGUCACUGGAAGCUGUCAUGGUGACUAUCACAUUUCCCCGAGAAGUGCGCAACGUCACCGAGCUGAAACCAUCUCGCGGCGAAGCAACGUUCAACGCACUGGACAAGGUGGUGGAAUGGAGGGUACCGACGAAGGACGGCGCCACGGUAAACGGUGUGGCAACCUUGACUGGGUCUGUCAUUGGACCGUUGAAUGCCAACAAUGUCGAUGACGAGCUUCAGGCUGUCGAGGCGGGCAAGUCGAACACAAUGGCGGGAUACUAUGAUGACGACACAGUUACGAAUCAGACUGAGCAGUACGACACCACGAGCAAUGGCAACAACGCCGCCAGCAGAAAAGCACAAGCAAGCAAGGCGUUAAUGCCUCGGUCCAUAUCGGUGUCCUUCAAUGUCAAAGGGUGGCUGCCAAGCGGCAUCAAGGUCGAUAGUCUGAUGGUCGAUGUCAAGAAAUCGAAAGGCCUCGGUGAUGGAGUCCGGCCAUACAAGGGUGUCAAAUAUCUCACAGUGAGCAGAGAGGGUGUGGAACGACGAGUUUCAUGAUCACGGAAUCGACGAAAAAAUUCUGAACAGACAAAACUGAUUGAUUAACGUGCUAUGCUAGAGCAUGAAUCGUACUUUUGUAGUCAUGAAGUCGUUAGGUGGGAGUACCCCUGCCAUUCUGUUGAGACGGUAAAGCAAUCCUUCAUGC